UUUCGCGAAGCAGAUAUCGCUACAUCCCUGUCUUUUACACACGGGUCUGUGGCGAGAGGACAUGAAUCAAUCGAUCGCAAAAUGUGUCAGUUCAGUAGGCUAACAACAUGAAUCAAACCACCGCGAUACAUAUUUCCGUUGUAAGCGCUUUCGUCAAAUGAGAUCUUUGAAUUAGGAUUUCUAGGAGCGCUUGGCAUAUUUAACGAUGGCGCCACAUCCGGUGGUUCAGGCUGUGAUAGACCUCUCUGCUGGCGCUAUAGGGGGCGCAGCUUGUGUAUUUAGUGGUCAACCUUUGGACACGGCGAAGGUGAAAAUGCAAACGUUUCCCACAUUGUACAGAGGUUUUGUGGAUUGCUUCGUGUCCACGUACAGACAGGUGGGCCUUCGAGGCUUGUAUCAAGGCACCACACCGGCCCUCAUGGCCAACAUCGCAGAGAACUCCGUGCUCUUCAUGUGCUACGGCUUUUGCCAGGAGGUGGUUCGCUUUGUCUCUGGACAGGGGAAAGGGGCUGAGCUGAGUGAUAUGCAGAAAGCCUGUGCAGGCUCCGUGGCCUCUGUGUUCUCCUCUCUGGUGUUAUGUCCCACUGAGCUUGUGAAGUGUCGAUUGCAGGCUAUGCACGAGAUGGCAUCCUCCGGCAAGAUCACCCAAAGCCAGAACACAGUUUGGUCAGUGAUGAAGUCCAUUAUGCAUAAUGAUGGUCCUGCAGGCUUCUUCCAGGGUUUGACCACAACCAUUGCCCGUGAGGUGCCUGGGUAUUUCUGUUUUUUUGGAGCGUAUGAGCUUUGCCGCUCUCUCUUUGCCGAAUACAUGCACUGUGGCAAGGAUGACAUAGGUGUCGCCCCCAUCGUGUUCAGUGGAGGUUUUGGUGGAGCUUGUCUCUGGCUGGUGGUUUACCCAAUGGACUGUGUUAAAUCCAGGAUACAGGUCAUGUCAAUGACAGGCAGACAGUCAGGCUUCUUCAAAACUUUUAUGCAUAUCUUCAGAACUGAAGGUGUAAGGGCUCUAUAUUCUGGUCUGACUCCCACUAUGAUUCGGACGUUUCCAGCAAACGGUGCUUUGUUCUUGGGUUAUGAAGCCAGUCGCAAAUUCAUGAUGGCACAGUUUGACAGCUGACCUUUCAGUCUCGUUUUUUUAGCAUUAGACAGUUUUUCAUUUAAUGUGCCAUGGUUUGUGCGCACACUAACAGUUUUAUAAUGGGGCUUUAUUUAUUUUAACACUUUACAAUAAGAUUCAGUUUAAUUAACGCCUUAAAUAUAUCAUAAACUAUCAGUCAUCAAUACUUUUUGAGGCAGUACGUAAUCUCUUACUGUUGCUUUAUAAAUAUUCAGUUUUUAGUCAUUGUUAAUUCGUGUUUGUUUAUAAUCCAUACAACACGAAUAUAAAAAAUUGACUAUAAAAUUAGUAAUUCAUAUACAGUAACUGACACGGUGGCUCAGUGGUUAGCACUGUCACCUUACAGCAAGAAAGUCACUGGUUCGAGUCCCGACUAGGUCAGUUGGCAUUCCUGUGUGGAGUUUGCAUGUUCUCCUCGUGUUUGUGUGGGUUCCCUCCGGGUGCUCCGAUUUCCACCACAGUCCAAAGACAUGCACUACAGGUGAAUUGAAUAAGCUAAAUUGGCCGUAGUGUAUGUGUGUGAAUGAGUGUUUAUGGGUGUUUCCCAGUACUUGGUUGCAGCUGGAAGGGUAUCCGCUGUGUAAAACAUAUGUUGGAUAAGUUGGCGGUUCAUUCCACUGUGGGGACCCCUGAUGAAUAAAGGGACUAAGCUGAAUGAAUGACAUACUAAAGUUUAAUGUGAAGUGUUAUUUUUAUAUAUAUAUAUUUAUUAGUGUUUUUAUUUGGCUAGAGCUUGGCCUGAGGGUUUGGAAACUUUAUUGUAUCAUGGUGUAUUUUCAGUGUUGACUGAACGUCUUGUGACACAGCAGAAGUGGUCUGUUUAUUGCACUGUUAACACUGGUCUCAUCACUCCUUUAUCUCAAUCAUUUGCAUUUGUAACCAUAUAUUCUACAAAUACUAAAUUUUUAGUCUACCUAUGAGAUUUUUGCUCAUUUUUAAAAUCUCAAAGUCCUGUAAAAUAAACUAGCUAUUCAGUAAAGUUUUAAAACAUCUAA